CCCUCUGUCCAGGCUCUGAAAGCCAUCAUUGCCAUGGAUACGGCUGGCUUGCUUCUGGGCUGGAGGUUCUUGGAUCACGCUGCUCAUCUCGGAGGAGCCGCCUUUGGAAUGUGAGUGGUGCAAGUCGUGACUCGGCCCAAAUGUGACCUGUGGUGGUGGUGUGCUUCAGCUGGUACAUCCUGUGGGGCCACGAGCUCAUCUGGAAGAAGCGCGAGCCCCUGGUCAGAUUGUGGCACCAGUUCAGGACGGGCGGCGGCGGCGGCGUGUGACCCCAGACCCGGCUCUCUGUGGCCCUGAUUGUUUGGAAUAUUUCAAUAAACUGAGACGUGAAGUUCCUACUCACUUCCAAAAGUGCUGCUGGGGGCGGGGCCUGCAUGUUGAAACAGACUCGCGCAGAUUGUAUGUUGCACUUGAAAGCUCGCUCGGAUGGAGCCAGUCAUUAUGACUUGUGCUGCCGAGACAUGACGUCAGUUCUCUUGAGAGUCAAGGUCGCGCGCACCACUCGCACGGACAAGUUGACGUGACUUGCCACUGGCGGGAGCCUCGAGCACCUCGUGUCCCCAAGUCUGGCGCCGGUGGAGGGGCUUUCACUGCGUCUCCCCGCAGUGCCAGAUGUUCUCCUCGUCCGAUCCUGACCCAGAAGCUACUCCUGAUGCUCCCACCUCCUCUUGUUUCUCCUCCUCCGAGAGGGGCGGGUCCCUCCGCCGUCCUGGCUUCCACACUUUCUUUUCUUCCCUUCGAGGUGACGCGGUGCGCAGCUGCUGUUCAACUCGGAGCGGAACCUGGCUGCUCAACAACUGGGACGCGGGAGCGGGAGGACGUGGACGUUCUUCUGAGGUACACGCGCGCUCGGGGUCUGGUCGCGUGCGGCGGCGCCCUCUGAGUAGCCGAUCCACCGGUUUGGUCGGUGGCACGAUGACAUGCGACGUGUUGGACACGAUGGAGUUAUGAGCCGCGAGGAAGUGAUGACGCGCUCCAGCGGAGCGACAGCGAGCUGAAGAGCUUGGCUGUGGUGGGAUGUCAUCGCAUCAUGCCGGAGGGGUCACAGCACGGCAGCCAGAGGUCACUGAUCAACACUGCGGAAACAUGGCGGAGCUCGCUGUCAUCGCUGAGCGCCAUGGCUGACGAGAUGAUGUCAUCAGACCGAGGCGGCUCCUCCGGUCCAGCGUCCCUCUCCUCGUCCACCUCCUCCGUGUCCCUGCACGAAGCCUCCCGCUCCUCGUCCUCAUCGUCUUCGUCGUCCUCUUGGCUGUCGCCGAUCUCCGACAUCAGUCUGGACCUGAGGCCCCUGGAGGCAGCGGGGGACGGGGCCCUGCUCCCGCCGCCCGCCCGCCAACUGUCGCGCCGGGAGCGCGUGCUCCUGGAGAUCGUGGAGACGGAGCAAGCAUAUGUUCGGGACCUGAAGAGCGUGGUGGAGGACUAUCUGGGGCCCAUUGUGGACUGCAAGGCUCUGCCUCUGAGCUCAGAAGAUGUCAGCACCUUGUUCUGCAACAUCGAGGACAUCUACCAGUUCAACAGAGACUUGUUGGAGGACUUGAAAAGAAGUGGCCACGCUGCUGCCAUCGCCGAGUGCUUUGUUGAAAGAAGUGAAGACUUUGAUAUCUACACACUUUACUGUAUGAACUAUCCCAACUGUGUGUCCCUCCUGCAUCAGUGUCUGAAAAACGACACCAUCUGUGGUUUCUUCACCGAGAGACAAAGCAGUCUGAACCAGAGUUUGCCUGUGGAGACGUACCUGCUGAAGCCGGUGCAGCGGAUCCUCAAGUACCACCUGCUGCUGCAGGAACUCUGCCGACACGUGGAGCCCAGUGACCCUGGCUUCCAGGUGGUGGAGGAGGCCCUGGUCACCAUGACGGCCGUGGCCUGGUACAUCAACGACAUGAAGCGAAGACAGGAGCUGUCCGUCCGACUGAAGGAAAUUGAGGCGUCGCUGGUGAACUGGACUGGACCCAGUCUGGCUGGCUUUGGUGAUCUGCUUCUGGAAGGUUCUUUCAGAGUCCAGAAGGUGAAGAAGGAGCGAGCGUUCUUCUUGUUUGAGAAGAUGCUGUUGAUCACCAAGAAGAAGCUCCAGCGCUUCGUCUACAGCUCCCACAUCUUCUGCUGCAACCUGGCGCUGGUGGAAACGCUGAAGGAGCCGCUGAGUUUCCGCGUGUGGGACCAGAACAUCCUGAAGGAUCAGCACACGGUGCAGACGAGAAACCAAGAGGAGAAAAGGUUGUGGGUUCACUUCCUGAAGAAAGUGAUGGUGGAGAAUCAUCCGGCAUCGCUGCCACACAAGGCCAGAAGAUUGCUGGGGAACCAGUGUGUGUCCGCCCGCUCAGAGCCGCAGCAGUGCUCCACACGAGCGCCGGAGCGCUCUCCAGCGCAUCAGCGCAGCCGCCGUCACUCAGAACCUCAAGGUCUGCUGCUGCCGUCCACUCCGGAGAGGGGCAGGAGGGGGCGCCACCUGUUGCUGGACAGAAGCUCGUCUCACAGAGUGUGCAGGAGGCGCUCAGAUCCAGCAGAUCUGAAGAGCGACGGCCAGGCUACACCCGGUGACGUCACGUCCUGUGUCCUCCAGCUGAAGGCUGAGCCCCAUGGUGACCAGCCGAGGGAGCAGGAGGAGGAGGAGGACUUGGCCUACGUGGCCCCGCCCACACUGUCAAUCACUGAGGAGAUUCUGGAGAUCAUCGACCAGCAGACGAGAAGCCGAGAGACACCCCACUCUCCUCCCAAGCCUGUGAUUCUGGAACAUCUAGGACAGGUUCCGGAUCCUCCUCCAGAGCUGGAUCAUGACGCCACUUCUGUCCCUCAAGAAGCUGCGCUGCUGACAGACACGGAGGACAGUUGUCCCACAGUGGCCCACCACCAUGGCCAGAUGGAAGCCAGCGGUGCUCUCCACCAGAGUGACUCCAGCGAAGAUCGUGGAGUGCUGGGCCACUCACAGAGGCUGGCGGAGGAGCGGUUGGAGCUCUCUGAGUCCCUCAGCCUGACCAGCACCUCGCUCAGAGACCAGAGUCAAGACAGUGAACCGUGCGGCUCCAGGCGUGAGUGUGCCACCAGCGCCUCCCGCCUGGACCAGAGCCAGGUGGAGGAGGUCCGACACUUCCUCAGCUCUGAGUUUACUGGAGAUGAUCAGGGACCUGGAGCAUCAAGGAGCAGAUCUUUGGAACCGCCCCACUGUGAGAGCAAGAGUCAAACCGCAGGACCGGAUCACCCGACUCCAGAGGUGGACCAGGCACCCCAUCCCGGCCAACCUAGCCCUUCGAUGUGGAGGCCUACGACGCGACAAGUCGUGAAAGACAGUGGACCGUCAAAAUCUGGAGCGGAAACCGAAGAUAUGGCUCAGGAAGCUCCAGAGACGCUGACCAUAGAGGUCCAAGCCGAUGUUAAAGCUGAGUCCUGCGUGCAGGAACAGACCGGGCCAGGCUGGAAUCAGGUCAGUGAGACUGACACCAAGCAGGACCUGACCGUGCACCAGGGUCUGGGCUCCUACCUGGAGGGUAUCAAGCUGUUUGAGUCAAGCACCACCAGUGACUGUGACCCAGUGGUGAUCCAGAACUCAGAGCGGAUUCUGAACCGGGUUCAAACCCUGGCUCGGAUGUACAGCCGCUGGAAUGCAGGAGUUAAGGUCCCCACCAACCAAAGACCAAGGUCCUGGGGGUCACGAAGUUCUGCUUCUCCCACAGGCUCUGACCAUGAUCUGUUCCAGUCGAAAACAGAAGCCCAGAGCAAUCAGAACCAAGCAGGGUUGGACAAGAACCAGGUAUCUCCACUGAGCCCAGAGAUCUCCAGCCCAGCUGGCCAGCAAGAGAAUGCGAGCCGACUCAAGUCCCCACCCUCUGGGGCCCACAGAGCGACUCUCUCCAGGCCAAGGGACUUCCUCACCCUGAUCCCCGCAGUGCGCUCGGACGUCCCAAGAAUUCCGAGCCAGGAUCUGUCUCCGUGGAAGGUUGUCAGCUGCAGCAUGGAUCCAAGAGAGACCACAGCCCAAGAACCAGCACCAACCCGGGCCACACUGGAUGAGAACCACCAGGAUGUUAGGGGCUAUGACUCGACACAGAGCCACACACAAGCUGCGCUGGGGAAACCCACCCAGACUGAGGCCAGGAGGAGUCCUCACAAGAGAGCCCAACUCCCUGCCAGCAGCUGCCGGCAGCCGCACUGCUCUGAGCCCGGAUCCUCUCGAACCCCGCAUGCUCCCUGUUGCGCAUCUAGAGCGUCUCGCCGGCCUGAGGACGGCGCCCGGCCUCAGAUCCCGGUUCUUGCUGGAUCUCCGGCGCCUUCACAGUCAAGAGCCUUCCCGUCUCGGCCGGACCCUUCGACUGAACCCUCAGGGCCACGCCCCCCGUCAACGUUUGCCAGGUCUCUGGCAGCCUCCCACAUCAGCCAGUCUAUCAAUCAAAGCAUUGCCAAAAGGCACUCUGGCCGGACUCCUUCAACUUUGACUCUUCAGCAGCAGCAUCAGGGGUUGGUCACAUGCCCCACCCCUCCUCCUGUCCCUCUUUUCUCUAGCAGCAGGACCGGGAGCCUCCACAGAAGUUGGAGCGCUCAUCACCUGCAGGGACCCAGGGUGGAGCGCCGUGAGCUUCCAGCCAGUACCAUUACACAUAUCCCAGCCCCACAGCCCAGGAGCUCUGUAUCUGGAUCACCCUGGACCCCUUCUGAAGCCCCUCCAGGAUCGGGCUCUCCUCCAACCCGAGGACAGAAGCCCACAUCCUCAGUGUCUCCAGCGAAGGAAGGUACCAACACCACACCACCCUCUUCACGGUCGGACUCUGGGGACCACAUAGGCAGUGGCUCUUGGGAGGGCCCCCCAGAAAGGUGCUCUCCAGGAGCCCAGGAGCAGCAUCUGGACGAAGGUCACUGCCGCAGUCAGCUGAUCUGUCCCUACAUCAUGCCAGCCUGCCCGGGCAGAGCCUCCAUCUGUUUGGAGCAGGACCAGCGCCCUCAUCAAGCCAGUGUCGAGGCGAGCAGCCGCCACGCUGCUGCAUGCGGCAGGCCGGCCCUCGUGCGCGCCAGCUAUGCCACCACUGUAAACUUGCAGAUCACCAGCAGGGGGUGCAUCACGUCCUUCAGCACUGCCCGUCUCAGUCUGUCUCCAAGUCAGCAGAAGAACUUCGGAAAUGUCCGAGUACCAGGAGGAGCCGAGGAGAAGGUCAGUGGGGUCAGCCGCCAUGGACCCCCGCCACUUUGAAAUGCACCCGUCUUCGUCUUUUCCUUGGAACAAGACAUGAAAAAGGGCCAAGUCCUUCAUGGAUUCAUGGACAGUGUCCACUGAUAAGGGACCAACCAGAAGUGAAACGUACUUGUUCUUUGUUUAUUCAGUCGGUUAUGGUUUAUGUACUUGUUUCAUUGCCGCUUCUCUAUUUAUUUGUUAUAUUUCUGGCAUCAACCGAUCCCUGAUGUUUUUGAAAUAAAUGUAUUUUCCACCACUUUAACAGCACCUGAAUCCGAGCUUCACCAAAACACAAGCAGUCAGACACUGCCCCAUGUCCGAGGAGCAGUAUGCCUCGACACUUGCUGGAUGAUCUCACCGUCAGCCAUGGUGCUGCGUAGUUUGAACCCACCCCCCUGCUAUUCCCGGUAUAUUGUUCAAUGAAUGCUCAAGACCUCCACCCAGUAUAUGUGCUGUCUGGGAGAGGACCAACACUAGUUUGCACCUCACACAGUGUGGACUGGAGGUCCAGGUGUCCUCGGUCAGGGAGACACCUCCAUCUGGCUUCCCAUGCUGCCGUGUCAUCGCAUGUGUGACGGAAGCCCACUUGUUUAGUGGGUUGAGGGAAGUCAUCUCCAGCUCGACUGAUAUUGAAGGUUUGGGGAACUGAGGCUGGAGAAGUGCACUUUUUUUUUGCAAUGACGGUGAUAUUUGCUUCUGAGAAAGAUCAUCGUGGACAGCCAUGCGGGUGGGCAGAGUGACUGGGGUUUCCAAACAUGAGAAGUCUCGCUCCAGUCUGCAGCUGUGCUCACCCGGUCCUUUCAUUCACGCCCUGCUCCAUCUGCAGGCUUCAGCUCCUGUCACUGAGUUACGAUGGAGUUUCUUCUGGAUUUCCUUUCGACCCACACAGUUGUG